CAUAAAGUCAGACUUCAUUUGAGUAAUUGUUUACAAAAAAAAACUAAAAACUGCAGCGUGUGCAGCAUAUGUUUACAAUAUGUGUGGCAUUCAGGGGCGUCAAAGUGGGAAUUUACGCAUUUCUCUCAAACGCAGCAGUAUAGUACUUGGCUCAAUGAGCUCUGUGUUCGACUGGUUGUGCUGGCUGCUGUUCGCUGACCACGCCCAUGUCGGUAAGACUCCGUAGAAAUGAGCUCACACAGUCCCACAAAGACAACUUUAGAAGCAGACAGUAAUGGAGUCUCGGGAGGACGACUGUCCUUUUUGCCGGAUAACGAACAACGAGACGGACACAGAAAUCCUGCUCAGUGACGAUCAGUUGGUGUGUUUUCGUGACCUGAAACCGGGGGCUGCUCAUCACUACCUCAUCGUCCCCAGGAGACACAUUGACACCUGUAAAACUCUGCAGGCGGACGAUGUCCCUCUAGUGGAGCAGAUGCAACAAAUGGGAAUGAAAAUGCUGGAGAAGAAUAAAGUCUGCGACCUAGACGACGUCAGGCUGGGCUUUCAUCUGCCUCCCUUCUCCUCCGUUCCCCACCUGCACCUCCAUGCUCUGGCUCCAGCCAGUCAGAUGGUAUUCAGGUCACAGCUGCACUAUGGCCUGAAAUCUCACUGGUUCAUCACGGUGGACAAAGUGCUGUCUCAGCUGAAGACUCAAGGCAGGGUCAAAUAACGUGAAAUACUAAAAGUGUUUUAUAUUUAUGUCAGUACUGGUCAUUUAGCCUCAGUGAGUGAGAUUCAAUAUCCGUUCUUUAGGCGCCUUACAGUGUUUUGCAUCGGCGCUGUAUAAUUUGGGACAUUUCUGUGCACAUUCAUGCUUAAUAAAUGGCCCUUUUAAACUAAUGUAAUAUCAUAUCAGUUUGAAAGUCAUAUAAAUUAGAUGGUAUUUAAUUGAAUAAUUAAAAUAGAACUUUGCACAUUCAUGUACAAACCCAUUUUGUUUCUUUGUGUUUAUGAAGUAGAUCGUUUGAAAAAGCUGCUUACAGGGUUUGAUAUCUUGUGCCAUAACUUGAUUUUAAUGUGAAAAUAAUGUAUAUAUAAUAUUAAAUAAAAUGCCUUAAGAAUAA